CGCUGAGCCAGAACCAUGAAGCCUCUGGUCUUGCUCGUAUUGGCGAUGGGCGUCUGGGUGGCGCUGGCGGCACCUGGUGGCGGCGGUGGAGGCUACGGCAGUGGCGGUGGUGGAAGCAGCAUUGUGAGGGCACAGCUCGUUGGUCACCACAGCCACACCACUGGCGGCGGUGGCGGCGGCGGUUACGGAGGCGGCGGUAGAGGUGGAAGACGCGGCCCCAGCAUCGUGAAGGCUCAGCUCGUUGGUCACCACAGCCACACCACUGGCGGCGGCGGCGGUGGCGGUUACGGCGGCGGCGGCCAUAGAGGUGGCAGGCAGGGCCCCAGUAUCGUGAAGGCUCAGCUUGUUGGCCACCACAGUCACACCACUGGCGGCGGAGGCGGCGGCGGUUACGGCGGCGGCGGCCACAGAGGUGGCAGGCAGGGCCCCAGCAUUGUGAGGGCCCAGCUUGUUGGUCACCACAGUCACACCUCCGGCGGCGGAGGCGGCGGUGGUUACGGCAGCAGUGGGAGUCAUGGCGGUCACGGCGGCAGUUACGGUGGCGGUAGCGGCUGCUGUGGUUAAAUCUCCAUCAAGCAAUGUUCAGCUGUUCUACUUCUAAAGACAAUCUUCGGCCGACCCUCUGUGCCAUCGUCACUUGUACCCGUCCUCUUUCUCAAUAAACGAGCAACCUCUC